AUGCUGCUCACACUCAAGCCCUCGUCGCAGAACGCUGUCAAAGGGCCCCAUGAUUACGCUAUUGUUCGCCAGUCCGUUCCAACCCCACGGUCUUCCCCAACCCCGGUGCCAGAAUUAUCAACAAUCGCGGCGCCUUCGAGAUCAACUGCAGACAAUUCGAUGGACAACUCUCGCAGUGGAUUGCCGCCCCCGGCCUCCCUGACUCUACCGCCGCCAAAUUUAGGCUUCGCAGGUGGCACCGGUCCUGCUACUGCCAUGAAUCAAACCCUGCCCCCACCUCCGGGCCAAUGGCAGAGCUCCGACGACUCCAUGCGCCAUUGGCUCCAAGCCAAGGCGGAAGAGGAUCGGAGGAAACAGGAAGAAGAGAAGACACAUCAAGAGUCUCUGCGAUUGGAGCAGCGAAGGCUCGAACAGAGCAUGCUGCGCGAUGCGUUGCAGGCCGGAAUUCCGCCGCACCUCAUUCCGCUGAUCUUCGCGGGAAUUAGUCCCGGAGGACUACCUCCCUCCAUUCUUGAGAUGGUCCAACAGCACAUGGCCCAAUCGACUCCCGCGCGGGGUACGGCUCCUACGAUGCCUGUCCCGUCAAAUCCCCCACCACAGAUUCAACGGCGGCCAUCGCACGUCCGACGGGACUCUCGCACACUUCCCCUCCACCCGUAUGCUUCCGCAUCAGUCCCUGCGCAGGCUGUGCCCCCUCCGAGCAUACUGUUGUCUCAACCACUACACCCUGUGGGCGCGGGGCCGCAUAUACCACCAGCGCCGCCAGUCACGAAUGCUGUUGUUGAUACUCGACUGCCUUCGGCUGUUCCGAGGAUGCCUCCUAGCGAGCCGCAGCUUCAACCUCCCCCACCCAUUAAUCUCAGUCAUGUUCAAUACGCUCCAGGAUCCUCUAUACCGGUCACCCAGUCAGUGGUAGGCAAGUCAGACUCCGUCUCUCGUCCUUCCCCGCCGUCGCUGUAUUUUCAUCACUGGGUGCCUCCCAGCCAGUCGCAGGCCAACCCAAUAGGCGGGCGGACUCGCCAGGAGUCGCCUGGAGCAACGCAGGGGCCACGCCGUGUGGAAUCUCAUAAUUCUCCAGGGCGGAAGAGGAAGGCUACUGGUCCUCAUAUUCCCGCUCCAAUGCCCUCGUUGCGUGGGCCGGAGACUGUCCUUGGCGGCAGCAAUGUGUAUGCCUCUCAGCCAGGAUCGCCA